AUGACAUCCACGGAUUCCACUCAUCUUAUCAUCGUCUGCUGCCACGGUGUUUGGCUCGGCGGCCCAACUCAUGGCUAUGACGAAAAUGAAUGGCUCAUUGCCGACUUUCAACGCGGCGAGACUCUAACCUUUAUCGAGCAUAUUAAAGCUGGAGUAGCAGCCCUCGCCGAAGAUUACGGCAAUGUUACACCCGAGAAGCAAGUGGGUGAUGAUAAAAUAGGGUUUUCGAGGUCUUGUCACUUUGAUACACGGUCAACAGACUUUUCCAAGUCAUGGCUGGUAUUCUCAGGAGCUGCAACACGCAAAGAAACACAGAUUUCUGAGGCAGCUGGAUACAAAAACAUCGCGGCCGCAAACGAUUACUGGGGGCUGUUACCGGACGAAAAGUCUCGAGAUGCUGUAUUAUUAGAAGAGCGCGCCCUCGAUUCAUACCACAACAUCCUCUUUUCUCGGUCACUCAUCUAUUCUCGCUUCAAAACAUGGCCAACGCACAUCACCGUCGUCAGUCACGGCUUCAAGAAAGAGCGGCUUAUCGAUGGUCACUGUUCAGCUAUAGGACUCAAUCUUGAUCGAGUCAACUUUAUCGGCAUAGAUCCUCCUGGGAUGAUAGCUGCGUCAAAGGAUCAGGACAAGGAGGAUGCGAUGAAGGGUGUUGGUCUGGCUUUGGGAGAGUGGAAGGAUGAUCCGCAUGGUACAGGAGAAGUUCUUGCUGGGAAGAGAGCUAGGAGAAAUCCUUGGGGGGUAUGGCAGGGUCAUUUUACCCAAGAUUUUGAUCAGAGUGAAACUGCGUUUCAUACGGACAACAGGUCUGAAGUUUUUGGUGCAAACGCGAGGUAA